AUGGGGGACGCUGCCGACGGCAACAAUGCCCCGCACAUGGUGUUCAACAUGCUCGAAGACAAAUACAUUGGCCUCGUCCUGGCCAUCAUCUCCACCCUCGCCAUCGGAACCAGCUUCGUCAUCACCAAGAAGGGACUCAACGACGCCGCGGACAAACAUGGCUUUGAGGGAGAAGGCUUCGCAUAUAUGAAAACCCCGCUGUGGUGGGCAGGGAUAGGGUCCUUGGUGGUCGGCGAAAUCGCCAACUUCGCCGCAUACGCUUUCGCGCCCGCCAUUCUCGUCACCCCGCUGGGCGCGCUCAGUGUCCUCAUUGGAGCCGUGCUUGGCGCCUAUUUCCUCGGAGAGGAGUUGGGAGUGUUGGGCAAGCUGGGAUGUGCGAUCUGUCUGCUGGGAAGUGUCAUCAUUGUGCUUCAUGCGCCCCCGGACAAGGAGAUUGAGACGGUUGAUCAGAUUCUGGGGUAUGCGAUUAAACCAGCGUUCAUAAUCUAUUGUCUCGCAGCGAUUGUCUUCUCGACUGUUAUGAUCUACAAAGUCGCCCCAGUGUACGGCAAGAAGAAUCCCCUGAUCUACAUCUCGAUUUGUUCGACCGUCGGUUCGGUAUCUGUCAUGUCGGUCAAGGCCUUUGGAAUUGCGGUCAAGCUGACUUUUGCGGGCAACAACCAAUUCACCCACCCUUCGACAUACGUCUUUAUGAUUGUCACCAUCGUCUGCAUUCUCACACAGAUGAAUUAUUUCAACAAGGCGCUCAGUCAGUUUUCGACCUCGAUCGUCAAUCCUUUGUAUUAUGUGACAUUUACGACGGCCACGUUGUGCGCAUCGUUUAUUCUGUUCCAAGGAUUUAACACGACGGAUGCCGUCAAUACGAUCUCUCUCCUCUGUGGGUUUUUGGUCAUCUUUUCGGGCGUGUACCUGCUCAACCUGUCGAGAGGAGAUCCGGACGGUCAUCGACUACUCAAUGGGAAAAUCGCAGAUGAAGAUGGGAUCCCGACGGACCCUCUCGCCGGCCUGCAAACACGAAGAAGCAUGCAAGCAAGAAGAAGUCUGGAUCCGCAUCGACGGAGUAGCAGCCUGACAUUCAGUCCGGGUGGGAUCUUAUCGGGCGGCAGUCGCCACGCAAGCGCGGAAAGCGCGGGACUGAUGCAAAACUAUGAUGUCGAGCACGGAGGCUUUGGACUAUCAGAUCUGGUGGAAGAUCCGGAGGAGCUGGAGGGCACGUCGAAUCGAAAUCGAAGUCCUGGGGAAAGAGGAGAGCAAGUGACGAGGAUACAUGAUAGGCCACAUCCGAAGAGCUUAAAUCGAUGA